AUCAUUUACAAUUUACUAUCAUUAUAAUUUAUAUUUAUUUUUGUAACAAUGGAAAAAGAAAGGUUCACUAUGCUCCUUUUAGAACCUGGGGAAAUAUUUUUUGAAGAUUAUAGUGUUCAAAUGAAAUUAUUUGAUAAUUCUACUUCAGAAGAACAAAACUGGAAAGAUGGAAGAUUAAAAUUAUGUUCAAAAUCAUUAGUAUUUGUAAAUAAAGAUAUUAAUCAGCCUUUAAUUAAGAUUCAACUUAAAGAAACUCUAACUAUUGAUCAAUGUCAAUCCAACAAUGAUAUAACAAAAUGUGGCAAUAUAUUAUUGAUUCAAUGUAAGCAGUAUGUAAAGAUGCUAGAGAAGAAUAUACUUGCACCAUAUAAAUUUAUACAUCAAAAUGCUACUUUUCACUUUUUCUUUAAUUAUGCAAAAAUAGAUGAUUACCUUCCACAUAUUCUACAACUAUUUAGAGCAGCUACUUUACCAACUGCUGAACAAAAUGCUAUGAUUAUGGCUAUUGUACAUUCUCGACAGUCUAGAGUAUCAUUUGAUACUUCGUGGUUAGAGGAUUUAUAUGAACAGGUAGUGUUAGAAAUUCAAGCAAAUAAAGUGUUACCUCUUGUUAUAAAUCCAGGAAGAAUACUUUUAACAACUUCAAGAAUUUAUUUUCAACCUUAUAAUAAUUUAGAUCAACAUCCAGUUCUAAAAAUACAACUAAAAGAUAUUAUUAAUAUUAAUAAAAGACGAUUUCUUCUAAGUCAAAUUGGGCUUGAAAUUAAAUGGUUACGUCAACCUGAAAAUAAGGCUGAACAUUUAUUUAUAUCAUUAAAAAAUCAAAAUGAUAGAGAUGAAUUAUAUACAAGUUUAUUAAAUCAACCUACAAUUUCUUUAGAAAGAGUACCUCAAGAUCAAAUGACUAUGAGAUGGCAGAAUGGUUCUCUAUCAAAUUAUGAUUAUCUUUUGUAUAUUAAUAGUUUAGCAGAUAGAACUUUUCAUGAUUUAACCCAAUAUCCAGUUAUGCCAUGGGUAUUACAAGAUUACACAUCUACUACAUUGGAUUUAAAAGAUCCUAGAAUAUAUAGAGAUCUUUCAAAACCUAUUGGAGCUCUUGAAUCAAAUCGGCUAGAAAGAUUAAAGGAACGAUAUUUAGAAAUGUCAGAACCAAAAUUUUUGUAUGGUUCUCAUUAUAGUGCACCAGGAUUUGUAUUAUUUUAUUUAGUACGAAAAUAUCCUCAGUACAUGCUUUGUUUACAAAAUGGAAGAUUUGAUCAUCCAGAUAGAAUGUUUAAUAGUGUAGCUGACGUAUGGAAAAAUGUUUUGGUGAACAUGUCUGACUUUAAAGAACUGAUCCCGGAAUUUUAUGACAUAAACAACGGUGGUGAUUUUUUAGUAAAUAGUUAUGGUAUUGAUUUUGGUUAUCGAUAUGAUGGAACAAAAAUAGGAGAUGUACAAUUACCACCAUGGGCAAAUGGACCAGCUCAUUUCGUAAAAAUAUUAAGAAAUGCUUUAGAGAAUGAUUAUGUUUCUCAAAAUCUUCAUCAUUGGAUUGAUUUAAUUUUUGGAUAUAAACAGAGAGGAAUUGAAGCAGAGAAAGCUAAUAAUGUAUUUUUCCAUCUGUGCUAUGAAGGAGCAGUAGACUUAGAUACUAUUAGAGAUAUUAAUGAUAGACAUGGUUUGGAAAUACAAAUCAUGGAGUUUGGUCAAAUACCAAAACAAAUUUUUACUUUACCACAUCCAAAACGUUCAAUGUUUAUUCUGGAUAAAUUAUAUACUGAAAUUGAUUUAAUAUCAACUAAAAACGAAAAAGGUAUAUAUAAAGAAAAUGAGGAAAAUCCUAUAGAGAUUUUCGAAUUACAUGAAUUAAUAAUGUUUCAAUCUCAUAAAGAAAGUGUAAGUAGUAUUAUCAUAACGAAUAGGGAAGAAAUAAAUGAAGUAAUAUCAGUAGGACAAGAUGGAAUGCUUAAAUUAUAUAGCAUAAAAAAUAAAAAAUUAACGCGUAAUGUACCUUUAUCAUUAUUACCACUUUCCUCUUGCAUAUCAUAUUAUACAUCUUCUCAUCGCAAUAUAUUAGUUGCUGGUUCUUGGGACAAUACACUAAUAUUCUAUGAUAUUGAGUUUGGUAGAAUAAUAGAUGUACUUCAAGGCCAUGAAGAUGCUGUUUCUUGUUUAGCACUAAGUACUACUCGACAGGUUAUUAUCUCUGGUUCAUGGGAUUGUACAGCAAAAGUUUGGCAAAGUUAUUCUUCUGGGACAAAAAUUAAACCAGCUGAGUGCCUUAUAGCACAAUUAGAUCAUGAUUCUAAAGUAACUUGCAUUAAUAUAUCAGGAGACGAAACAUUAUUGAUAUCUGGCACAGAAGAUGGAGAAAUUUUUUUAUGGAAUAUGGAUACAUAUAAUCUUCAAUUCACUGUAAAAGCACAUAAUUAUAAAAUAAAUGCAAUGGUAUUUGAUCAAGAAGGAAAAAGUAUAAUAUCAUGUGCAGAGGAUAAAAUGUUAAACAUUAUUGAUAUUUAUACGAGUACUCAGAUUUAUCGUACGACUAUAGAAUAUGAACCUUUAACAUUAACGUGGUUCAAAACCUUUUUAUUAAUAGGAGAUAACAAUGGUAAUAUUAAUGUUUGGAAUCGUCAAGGAGCAAUUUUUAUUACGCAAAUACAUUGCCAUGAUGGUCCAAUUAAUACAUUAUCAGUGUCAACAGAAAAUAAUAUAAUCUUAACUGGUGGAAAAGAUAAAAAGAUAAUUGUGUGGAAUUGUAAAAAUGUAUAAUUAGUAUUAUUUUCAAUGAAAGAUUUUUUAAUUAUAAAUUUCAUUAUU